UUCUGAUCUUCAUGUAUAGAGAGCAGCCAAUCGUCGAUUUCGAAAGUGUUGAUGCUCAUGUUCACCAGUUCAAAGGUAGUAGCUCCAGCAUUGGUGCUAAGAGAGUUCAGAAAGCCUGCAUUGCGUUCCGCCACUACUGUGAGGAGCAGAAUGUCGAAGGGUGUAUUAAAUGUCUGCAACAACUGAGGCAUGAGUAUUCUCUUGAGAAAACCAAGCUUGAAUAUAUGUUCCAGCUUGAACGACAGAUCUUGUCUGCUGCAGGUUCGAUUCCUAUGUAAUAGUCGUCUUCGAAGAGACAUAUAAAUCUGCAGAGAAAGAACAUGGGACCAAAUAUGAUAUUUUGGCGUUGUAGAAAAUUUUAUUUUCUUUAUCUUUGUUGUUUUUCGAUUAUUGCAGUUUUA